AAAAAAAAAACUAAAAAAUUUGUUCGAACUUGGAACGGUGAACAACAGCCACCGCCCCGACACCUCAGUGAACGCACCAUAAACUCCGAUUUUCUCUCCUUUUCUUUGCGAAAAAAUGACAAACCUCAAUCUGCUCCGUAAGGCGCUUGGAUCGCACUUCACUUCUCGUUCAGCAACGCCAAAUCAUGGCCUUCCUGUGUUUUUCCGCCAAUCUUCAAGAUUCUUCUCGACGGAAGGGGAACAAUCACCUCCUGAAUCGUCCGCCAAUUCUUUUCUUGAUACAUCGGAAACAGCAGGUUUGGUGUAUGGAAAAUUGUAUGGUAUCACAAGGAAUGUUCUAAAGACAGACAUAGUCAAUUUGCUUGAAGGAUGUAAUUUGAGUUUGGAUGAUGUCAAAGUUGAAUACAACCGGAGUUUCACGCCAACCUCUAUGAUGAUGCAAUUCCCCUCCUGGAAGGCCUAUGAUAAUGCUUUUCGAGUGAUUGGAAGAAGAGGUCGCAUGUACAGAUUGGAGCGGGCUGAUCGUUCGCAGUGGGACCUUCUUUCACCUUACAAUGGAAAAAUUAUCCUUCUGCAAGGAAUACCUCGAAAUGCAGCGCUAGAUGACGUGGAGCGCUUCUUAUCUGGCUGUGACUAUGAUGCAACCUCAAUCAAUAUGUUUUUCAGGGCAUCCAUUCCAGAGCCCAUCAGAAUGGCAACAGUGCUGUUCCCUUCACCAACACAAGCAAUGCAUGCAUUUCUUACUAAGAACAGAGGCUUUUGUCUGAACAACCAAAUUUUGAUGCGGGUUCUCCAAUAACUAGUUACUGUUGUCAUCUAUAUUCCACACAUUUUUCGUUGGCUUGGUGUCUGGGCGUUUUGAAGUAGUCGUAUGAGUUACGACUUGCAUCUUCAUAUCUCAAGCCUCAAGUUAUCUGAGUCACAUGCAUCAUCCAAAGUGACCUGAAUUCUUUCUUUUUUCACAAAUUAGCAGCUUGUUUGUGCUAAAGAACUGCAUUUGUAAGGAAGGAUGGAUUACAUAAAAAUAAGGUUGUCGAAUUAUCGUGAAACUAGGCUGUUUUUGUUGUGUGACUGCUA